CUAAAAGCAGCGACUUGCUAGAGAAUAGAGGGAAAGGACUUUGCUCUCUUUCUCUCUCUCCUUUUUUUUUUUUUUUUUCUCUCCUCCAUAUAAUAUAUUUUUGAAGAAUCUUCACGGAAAUUGAAUCUUCGCAGCCAUGAAAGCCUAGCUCUUCUAAUACAGGUUGGCUCUCCGCACUUGGGUUUUGACGGGUUUUUGGUUUUAUCAAUGGAGAUGAAUGUUGUUCAAGUGAAUCAAGUUUGGAAUUGCAUUGAAGACGAGCCUGCUGAGCAAUCACUUUAUCCAGAGGCCCUUGGUAUAAGUGAUGCCUUUAGAGAUCCUGAGCUGCUUCCUCGCAUUGGAGAUCAAUACCAGGUCGAGAUUCCACCUCUUAUGACAGAAUCUGCCUACUUCUUGCUCACAGAGAUGGCAAAUGAUCCAAUUAUCACGUGUGGUACUUCUCAUGAUUUUUUAGUGGGAUUGCCCAUAUCACUAAUGUGGAUCAAGGAGGAAGUUAACAACAUUAAACAUGAACACCAAGAAAUUCCUGGUGAUUUGAAUGGCUCUUCAACUACAAAUAAUUUCAUAAAACAUGAAAGCAUUAUGGGGUUUCAGAUUUUUCCAGGAAGUGAGUUACAAAUUAAGUCUGAGCUUAUGGAUGCCACACUUAAUGGUGUGGUAGAAGACAGAAAACCUGCAAAGUUAGAUUUGCAAGAAGAAGAAAAGAAUUAUCAGCAGCAUGGAGGCAAAGGCUACCUUAUGGUUCCAGGUUCUUUGGGGGUCACAUGGAAUAAUAUUGAGGAGGCCAGUUUCCUUCUUGGUUUAUACAUCUUUGGCAAGAAUCUUCUUCAAGUUAAGAAAUUAGUUGAGAGCAAACAGAUGGGAGAUAUACUUACAUUUUAUUAUGGGAAGUUUUAUAGGUCUGAAAAAUACAAUCGAUGGUCAGAAUGCCGGAAAAUAAGAAGCAGAAGAUGUAUAUAUGGACAAAGGAUUUUUACAGGAUCCAGUCAGCAAGAACUGCUAUCUCGUUUGUUUUUACAUGUGUCAGAGGAAUGCAAACAUACUUUGACCGAGGUUUGUAAGACAUUUGGAGAGGGAAAAAUGUUGCUAGAAGAAUAUGUAUGGACCUUAAAGGCUGCAGUUGGAUUGAACACCCUUGUUGAGGCUGUGGGAAUUGGCAAAGGGAAGCAAGACUUGACUGGCAUGGUUAUGGAGCCUCUGAAGUCAAAUCAAGUUGCUUCUGGUCGUCCAGAAAUACCCGUUGGCAAAGCAUGCUCUACCCUUUCACCCUUGGAAAUUGUCAAAUUCCUUACCGGAGGUUAUCGAUUAAGCAAAGCCCGAUCAAAUGACCUUUUCUGGGAGUCUGUUUGGCCUCGUUUACUUGCAAGAGGGUGGCACUCUGAGCAGCCUAAUGAUCAUGGUAUUGCUGCUACUUCCAGGCAUUCUCUGGUCUUUCUGGUCCCUGGUAUCAAGAAGUUUUCAAGAAGGAAACUAGUAAAAGGAGUCCAUUAUUUUGAUUCUAUCAGUGAUGUCCUGAAUAAAGUUGCUUCAGAUCCAGCACUUCUUGAGCUUGAUGUUGGAACAGAUAAAGGCUAUGGUGAUGAGAUCAAUGAUAAAAUUUUGGACCAACAAGGUUUUCCUGAUCAGCAACGCCAUUGUUAUCUCAAGCCACGGACUCCUAGCCGCAGAGCAGAAGUCAUGAAGUUUACUGUUGUUGAUACUAGUCUGGUUAAUGGGGAACCAUCCAAAGUGAGAGAACUGAGAAGCUUACCAGUUGAUAUGAUGGACAUUUCAACCAUAAGAAGUGAUUCCGAAGAAAGUGAUGAAGAUUCUUCUGAGGAUUCAAUAAAUGAAUCUGAUUCUUCUGGCAAUUUGUGUUUUGAUCACAAUAAGAUUGGUAUUUCAAAAUCUGCAAAGAUCAAUGUUGAUAAGGGAGACUCAUCUAGCAGGGAAAAUUUUGAAAAUAAUAUUUCAAGUCAGUAUUCCCCUGUAAUUCGCUCUGGUUUCACCAAGCUCCCUGUCAAAAUCCCAAAGGAUCAGAAUGCUAGUAAGUGUGAUGACAUGCAACCAAGUAAGUAUGUCAAGGGAAUAAAGAGAAGGAAACCUGCUGAUAGGAAUCUUUUAGGCCCUGUUAAAAAGAGACGACCAAGAUUAGCUGUGUGUGACCGUGCAGCAACAAGCUGUUGCACAGUCAAUGUCCCAGUUGAUCCGAGGUUAGAAGAAGUUGGUUGUACGUCAGGAAAUCCUGAUUUGCAAGAGAAUGUUCGUUCUCAUCUGGAUUUACAUCAGGCAAAGUUGUCAUCCACUAGUUCUUCAUGCAGGGGCAGCCCUAAUAUUACAGAAGAAUGCACUCUCAGUAGCAACUCAUCUGUUGCUGAACAUUUUAAUGAGAAAUCUGAGUCUCGGUCAUUGAUUGACCUGAACAUACCCAUCCCUCAAGAUGCUGAGACUGAAUCGUCGAUGAUAGAAAUGACAGAAAGGCAGCUUGAUAAAACGAGUGGACAGACAGAGGAUUCAGGUAUACUGGAAACUUCCACAUCAGUAUGUGGUUCUACUUCAGAGCAACCACCUGGCAUUAGUUCUCGUAGACAAAGCACAAGAAACAGACCACUUACCACCAAAGCACUGGAAGCUCUUGCUUGUGGAUUUUUAAGCAUAAAGCAGAAGCGGAGGAGUAGGGAUGAUUUUUCACUGGACGACUCGAUAUCAAGGCCUUCACGACGUGCUCGCAGUAAGGUAAGAGUUACUGAAAACUUUGGUACUGGUGUAAUGGAUUACAAAGGAGAUGAAAGAGCAAAUGGUGCAUGUAAUAGUAGUAGUGACAUGUUCAAUAAGUUUCAUAUGUAAUUUGGUUGGUGGGGUGUCCUCCUAAUUCUGCGGCUGCAAGAUUGGUCAGCUGCUGAUUUGCGAACUUGUAACAUAAGAAUGGAGCUUUCAGUGUCUUUUAUCUGCCAAUCAGCUGUGGAAGAAUGAGAACUUAGCUGAUGAAGUAUCUGUAACAUGAAUAAUAUUAGCAAUUCAUUUCCCAGCAUCUGACUGCUAACUUCAUGAGGGUUGCAAAGGCACUGGAUUUUCCACGAGGCUGUCUAUAUUAGGCCUGAGCCUCGUUUAAAGAAGAUGGAGGGAGAAGUUGCUUGCCAGUUAAAAUAUUUGUUUGCCGAACAACAUUGGACACAAUAAAUAAUUCAUUAUUUGUGUCUCAUCCUAGCUGCAAAUAAUGUUCAUAUUUUAAUGUUUGAAUGGAAUUUGACCA